AUGAUUCCUGAUUUACAAUGCAUCCUUCCGUACCUGGAGGAAGAGUCAUUGGCAGCUGUUUCCCUAACUUUGAUCUUACAAUUAUUGGCAAAUCCAUCGAUCAUAAAUGGUGCAUCACAAGUUGAUCAACAAACACUACUUGUUCGCAUCAACUCUCUUCUCAAAUCCAACCACAGUAUAACCCGUUGGAAAUCAACGAAGCUUUUGACAGUUUCAGUUACUCACCCAGUAUUAUUAUUAUCUAGCCAUACUGCAAAUGCAAUUACUGGUCUGGUGAAAAUUCUGGAAUCUAAAUGUUUCCUUCAAAGUUAUGAAAACCCAACAACAAGAGAGUUGAUUACACUAAAAAGUACUGCUGAGUGCCUUGGAUUUGUUCUCGAUCAGAUUAGAGGCAAACCUACUUUGACUAGAGAAGUUUUGACACCUAAGCUGCCUAAUGUUAUUGCAAGCUUAAUUGAAGUAAAUACUUUGAUUCCUGAUGUCACGCUACCUGUGUUAUCUAAACUAUUAAUGCUUAACACAACUACAUUUAGACCAUUUGGGACAAAGUUUGAAAACUCUUUAAGGAGCAUCCUGAAUGAUGGCGAAAACUAUACAAAAUUAAACGACGAGUUAAAGUCCAUGGUUAUGAAGUCAUUAGCGUUGGUUAGCUUUAUUUUAGCAAGGGAAAAACAAGGGGAACUUUGGAGAGAGAAUGUUAAUAUGGUAAUCUUAGAGUUGAAGUCAGUUAUAUCAAUCUAUGAAGCAUUUCUAGAUUUGUCAGCAGAUUCUGAUUAUAAUGUAAGAUAUCAAAAUUUACCUAAAUUACCCGAAAACUGUGCAUCUAUGAAGUUGCUGUUUGGUACUUUGUCGAUUGACAUCAAUGAAUCACCUGUUGAAAUUUUUAAAGUUUCGCAGAGAAUCAGCGUUUUAGUCGAUUUAUUACUUGCAUAUAUUGAGAUUUCUACAGUUAAUGCGGUAUCAAUUCCAUUGGGUCACUACGUCACGGUUGGUGAGAUCUUAGCAAGUUUGAACACUAGUUAUACACAUGUGAAGAAGGAUAUCAGAGAUGAACCAACGCGCAAGAUGAUUGAAGAGUCAGUCAAUAACUCUAAGCUGGAAGGUAUCAAGAUUUUGGGUUCCUUGGUUAGAAGAUUUCCCGGUGAUUUGUAUCCACGUGUCUACAAAAUUUUAGCGUUAUUGGAUGCAAGUAUUCCUGUUCAAACUAAAAAUGGUAAGAUACAUGUUGACAAUGAAUCUGUAUACGAGAAUGAGUUUUUAGUGACAAGAACUUUAGAAGUUGCUGGUAAGUACCUAAAUUUGACUGAAAGAUUCAACGAUAUGUCGGUUUUGGGUAGAUUGGUUGAGUCAUCACUAAUCUUAAAAGAACCUAGAGAACCCGUGUUUAGCAUUGAAAAUAAAACACAAGAUACGGCAGAUGUUAUUUCCAAGCCCAGUGGCCAUAGAAAGAAACAAAAUAAGAGUAAGUCUGUGGUUUCAUUAUCUGAUAUCUUAUCACAUAAACAGUACUUUAUCUCGCCACCAUGUCAAGAAACACUACAAGUAGUGCGUUCUUUUUUUAAUACUCUGAUCACUAAAUGUGAACUAUCUCCGGGUAAAUUAUCAAGCAUUAUCAGGUUUGUAAUUCUAGAUGCUGUUUCAAAUAUGGAAUUGAUCAAGGAAGGUAAAGUUGAUGCGGAAAAUCAACAAAUUGUAGAAUUGCUAGAAAAUGUCCUCUUAUUCCCCGGUAAAUCAAAUACCAGUGUUUCGGUUAUCCCGAUUAUUUCAGGCUUGAUUGGAAACAACUCAAAGAUUUAUAGCUUAUUAGUCAAUCCAAGAUUUCCGUUAUUACCGAGAAAGCAUGAUGAUUUCAACACCCCCGAUGAACUUGAAGAAAUCGAAUUAGAGGAGGAAAUGGAGGCACAGGAACUAGCGUCUGGGGACAUGAUCAUUCCAAAAGAAAAAAGAAGUUUAGAAGAUGUUGAAGCCUUAGAAAAAGCCAACAAGAGACAACAAGUUUCAGACAUUAGUGAGAAAGUUACGAGUGAUUACAAUAGCUUGGUUAGUAAGAACCCAGAAGCAGCAGUAAAGGCUCUCAAACAGAUGGAGGCGGAAGCAAAAGAGCAGCAAGAGAAUGAAAGUUUAUCUGAAAAGGUUGUUGGGCAAGUAGAAGGAAUUGUCUCUGAUGGCAACUCUGACGAGAUUAGUAACGGCCACGAUGAUGCGGAUGACGAUGAAGACAUGGGUUCCGACUUUGAAAUUCCAGAAAUCAAUGUUGAGGAUGAUUGA